UGUCAAAUUAGCUGUCAUGUAAAUAAAAACAAUAAAAAUUCAGUAACCUUCUUCGCGGUUGUUGAUAAGCUAUUAUCGUCGCAAUUAGCGAUAAUCCACCGCCGAGUGCAAACUUAAUCAUUCCUCACCCAAGUGCUCUCCCAACUUUGUGCCUUUAUAGUGAAAAUAUACAAGUGUUUAAGCCAUGGUUUCCCAGGAAAAUCAAACUUAUCUUGGAUUUGACCUCAGCACACAGAAACUCAAGGCGGUGCAGUUGUCCAAUACAUUGGAAGUUCUGGCACAGGCAGAAGUUAAAUUCGACAGUGAUCUGCAGGGUUUCCGAACUUUUGGUGGGGUCAAUGCCGGCACGAAGAAACAAGAGUUUUUUGUGCAGCCUGUUAUGUGGGUAAAGGCUUUGGAUAUGGUGUUGGAUAGAUUGGUGGUUCAAGGAGCAGAUCUGAGUACUGUUGUGGCGCUCAGUGGAGCUGCCCAACAGCAUGGAUCGGUGUAUUGGUCGAAGCAUGGGGUUCAAGUUCUGGGAAAUCUCGAUCCAGAUAAAUUCCUCCAUAUGCAAAUUGAUGAUUCGGCCUUUACGCUCACUCGAACGCCAAUUUGGAUGGAUGGCACCACAUCCAAGCAGUGUCAUGAGAUGGAAGAAGCCAUAGGUGGAAAAGAUAGAAUGGUCCAGUUAACAGGAUCAAAAUGCUAUGAGAGAUUCACAGGACCUCAAAUCCGAAAGAUUUACCAACAGAGACCUGAUGUUUACGAACAUACUGACCGGAUAUCUCUAGUCAGUAGUUUUUUAGCAUCGAUCUUUCUGGGUUCUGUGGCUCCUAUUGAUUUCUCAGAUGGCUCAGGCAUGAAUCUCUUGGACAUUGAGAAAAAAAUGUGGUCACAGGAGUGUUUGAACUCCUGCGCACCUGAUCUAGAAGAUCGAUUAGGUGGACUUGUUUCUAGUAUAGAAGUCCUUGGAGAUGUCUCCCAAUUCUUUGUUCAGAGAUUCAAUUUUAGUGCCAAUUGUAAGGUUGUCGCCUUCACGGGAGACAAUCCAUCAGCACUGACAGGGAUGGUCCUGGACAGUGACUGGUUGGUUCUGUCUCUUGGAACUAGUGACACAGUCAUGAUGACCCUUGAGGAACCACCAAAGUUCGAGGAGGGACAUGUUUUCAUCCAUCCGACAGACAGAAAGAGUUACAUGGGAAUGCUGUGUUUCAGAAACGGUUCCCUCGUAAGGGACAAAUUCAAGCACGCUGAAGGGAACAACAGCUGGGACUACUUCAGUGAACUCCUCGAUUCGAUGCCUCGGGGCAAUUUUGGCAACAUGGCGUUGCACUUUGUGAACCAAGAAAUCAUUCCAAAUGUCAAGGGAACGCUACGAUGGAACAAAGAUUCCUCGUCGAGCAAUCCCGAAGCUGCCAAAGGGGUCAGCAAGUUCUCAUCUCCUCAGACAGAGAUUAGGGCUCUGAUUGAGGGUCAGAUGUUGCAUAGGAGAGCCAUUGCCAGUGACAUGGGUUUCCUGUUUGGGGAAAACACUCGAAUUCUGGCAACUGGAGGAGCGUCAGCCAAUAAAUCCAUCCUGCAGGUGAUGGCUGAUGUCUUCAAUGCUCCGGUUUAUGUUCAAUCGGCAACUGAAGCUGCUCUCCUGGGAGCAGCCUAUCGUGCCAAAUAUGCCAUGUAUCUUGCCGAUGAGGAGACUCAGAAACUCGAUCCUGAAGACAUUGAGAGCUACUACAACUUCUUCCAUCGCCUACUUCCGCAUCAUGUGCAGUGCGUCUGCGAGCCAUCAAGGGACAGUCAUGAGAUCUAUACAAAAAUGCUCACGAGAUGGCGUGAGAUGAUCACAGUUCUCAUGACUCAGCAACAGGAGUAGGGAAGGAUCGAAAGGAUUCCGUAGAUGAAAUUCGUAGUACUAAUUUUUUGUAAGCUUUGUCGAUGUUGGCAUUCAAGAAAGCUUUACAAUGCUCUGCAUUUAACUUAACAUUUGCAACAGAAAAGAAACCAUGGGAUAUUUUUUUUGUAAAAGGAUAGAUAUUGUUUUAUACUCAAGACUUAACUCGUUUCUAUUUUAUGUGCUUGUUGUACAAUAAAAUUAUUUAUUAAUUUUA